CUCCACACCUUAAGCACAAAAAAUACACAUUUCCAAAUAUGAGUCUGCAACGACUAAACAUGUCAUUGGUUCCAUUUCUCUUGCUUAUUCUUCUUUUUGGUAACUUUCCUUUCAAAGCAGAAGGAUCACUACUACCAUUCUUAGAUUCUCCCAACACUCUCUUAUCCGAACUCUGGUCUGAUCGUUUCCCAGAUCCAUUUCGCGUCUUAGAACAAAUCCCCUAUGGAGUUGAGAAUCACGAACCAUCAAUGACACUGUCACAUGCUAGAGUAGACUGGAAGGAAACUCCAGAAGGACAUGUUAUAAUGGUGGACGUGCCUGGGUUGAAAAAAGAUGAUAUAAAGAUAGAAGUGGAAGAGAAUAGGGUGCUAAGAGUGAGUGGUGAAAGAAAGAAAGAAGAAGAGAAAAAAGGAGAUCAUUGGCAUAGAGUUGAAAGAUCUCAUGGAAAGUUCUGGAGGCAGUUUAGAUUGCCUGACUUGCGGAUUCUCAUGACCAUGGAUACUAGUGCAGGACUUGGUGCUCUCACCCCUUAUUGCUCAGAAGCAGAGUUGGAAAUUGAUGAAGUUUAGUAAGUUGUUUGAAUGGUGAAGCAUAGUAGUAAUGAACUAUAUUUAAAAUUUGAAAUGGUGUUUGAUAUUGCUCUGCUGAAUGAGAAGGAAGCACAAUGGUAGGGGCUGUGGUGAGGCACAAUGAUUCUAAGUAC